UACUAGUCGACCGAACAAAGUCCUAAAGCCAAAAGCUUUACAAACUGGAGAAGUGAUUAGGAGCUGUUGGGAGUGUGGUAUUGUGGAUUUCAGGCGCAGCUGGGAUUUUUUUGGUUAGUGUUUGACACCUAGGCUUGCCGGAUUUUAAAAGAAGCAAUUUGAAUCCUUUUUGACCUGCAAUGGCUAAUGAAGCUCGGCCUUGUCCUUGUGACAUUGGGGACAAGUUUGACUAUGGGGGCCUGGGAGAGGAAGUGCAAGUUGAACACAUCAAAGCAUAUCUAACUAAACCUUCAGCGGAGACUGACAAGGCUGUGAUUGUAGUCCAGGAUAUCUUUGGAUGGGAGCUUCCUAAUACCAGAUACAUUACUGAUAUGCUUGCAAACAAUGGAUACACAGCUAUUUGUCCUGACUUUUUUGUUGGUAAAGAACCUUGGAGUCCUGCUAAUGACUGGGCCAUGCUCCAAGAAUGGCUGAAGACCAGGUCACCAAGAGAAGUUAGUAGGGAAGUAGAUGCUGUCUUGAAAUAUCUGAAAGAGCGCUGUAAUGCUAAGAGGACUGCAGUGGUUGGAUUUUGCUGGGGUGGAGUUGCCACCCAUCAUAUGAUGCUGCAGUAUCCCGAACUAAAAGCUGGAGUGUCUGUCUAUGGUAUAAUCCGUGACGAUGAUGGAAGAUAUGAUUUAAACCAUCCCACACUGUUUAUCUUUGGUGAAAAGGACACUGUCAUUCCUCUUGAUCAGGUGUCACUUCUACAAGAGAAUUUGACAAAACACUGCAAGGUGGAUUUUAAAGUAAAAAUUUAUCCAGGGCAGACUCAUGGUUUUGUACAUCGCAAGAAAGAAGACAUCAACCCUGAAGACAAACUUUACAUUGAAGAGGGAAGAAGAGAUAUGAUCAAUUGGCUAAACAAAUACAUGUAGCCAUCCCAGUCGGUUUUUGUAAUCUACUUCUCACGCUAAAAUGUCUCAAAGUAAUUAUUCAGAACUUGGUUAUCUGAUCACACUCAACUAAUGAUGAACUUUUGUAUCAGUGAAAAUAUAAUUACAUGGUCAGUCAAGUUUAGGAACCUUAUCAGUAACUUUAGGGCAUGCCUGGAAACCUAAAUCAUUGUUUGAAAUAUGAUUAAUAAUGUAAUUUGUACCAGUUAGUGAACUAACUUAAAGCUUUUCAAAAUGUGGCUAUUGGCACCAAUGAUAAUCUUUGGAAAAAAUGCAUCUGUUAAUUACUGUCCUAUGUGUAUUUCCCAUGCAUUCUAUAUAUUGAUAUUCCUAACAUUUAUUAUAUAAUGAAGUUCAGUUUAAAGUUAUGUGCGUAUAUAAAUUGCUGCCUAUGUACUCAGUUGUGAAGUCACUUUUAUAUGAGAGUAAUAUGUUAGUCAUUUCAAAUUUCAAAGAUAACAUAAGAAGACAAAUGAAUUAAACAGACAAAUUUUAUUUUAAAGCACCUAACAUUGUUAAUGGGGAAGAGACAGUGCAGUUCCUAAUGUGUAAUAAGAGUUUCACAAGACAUAAUUUUGAAUGAAGGUACCUAACAGUUGGCAAUUGUUUAGCGUUGAUAAUUGUAUUGAAACACAUUUAAAAUGUACAAGAACUUAAACUAAAAUUGUUCAAUAUAAGCA